AUGGCUCACUUCCAAACCUCACUUUGCUCGAAUUAUCUUUCCGGUAGCUAUUGUAUCCUCGUGCCAUCCCUACUCGAAUUCUUCUCCACAACACCUCCGACACGCUACAAGUCGCCAUACUACCUCGCACUUUGCAGACCUACAAUCAAGACGCCACCAGGCCUUGAAGCUUCUAAGCUGCGCUGGCUGAAGCAUCGCUCCGAGAGGAUCACCCGUCUCGACACUGCCGCCAGUAUGGCCGAUUCGCUCCGAUCGCGCCAGGCGACCGGGAAGCGCAAGCGAUGCGGCGAAGACGAGAGCAAAGAAGACGUCAAGCCCAUCAUUUUGUCCGACUCAGACGACGAUGCAGGAGAUAGUGAUGGAUCGGACUCUGAAUCUACCGACGACGAGGAUACGGAUCGAAACGAGGGCAUUAACGGCCCUUGUGAGCAUAACGAGGACGAUGAGCCAUUUCCGGAUUGCGUUGCUUUCGACAAGGAUUUUGUUCAGGUCGGAGAAGAUCUCACUAGCAUCGCCAAGUCUGCUAUGGAGAUCAUCGACGAGAAUGGCUGUGAAAGCAGCCGGGCUCAGGGUUGUCGCAAGAACGCCGAUGAACUUACUCAGAUUCCACGCGCCAAGCGCGAGAAGGUUGCUUUUCUCGGAAGUACCGGCGUCGGCAAAUCAAGCUUGCUCAAUUGUCUGCUUGGUAUUCCGGACUUAGCUAAGGCAAUGUCUGGUGGCCAAUCUUGCACCUACGUCGGUACCGAAUACGAAUGCCCAUUUCCGGGACAGACGAAGAAAUUCGCCGCCAAGGUGGAGUAUUUUGACAUCAGCGAAAUUAGCAAGCUCUUGGAGAAGCUGCUCCAGGACUUCUUCCUUUGGACCUUUCAGCGGCCAGACGACCUGGACCCGAACGAAGAGCAAGAGCUGCAGCGACUAUCUUCGACCGCUUUCAACACGCUGAUGCCUCUUUUCUGCAACAGAGUGGAAUUCCAUAAUAAAGAUGCAGCGGUUGCAUGGCUACAAAGCCAUUACUGGACCUCCGACAAAGAUGCGCUACCGGUUCUCGUUGCCUGGUGUGAGGAGCUGUUAGCGGAGAAGGAAGCUGAUGAGGCUGAUCAUGUUGGGUACAUCGAUGCCGAAUCGAAGGACGACUUGCUCCGUCAAAUAAACCCUUUGAUCUCGUCCAGCUUCCGACUGGACGAGCCGGCUCUGUGGCCACUGGUACGGAAGAUUAGGUAUGCAGGUGGGUAUUAGUAUUGAAAUGCGGAGACUAACAUGCACCAGGAUCGGGAUAGACGGUCCACGGGUUCUCCAGUACAUAACACUUGUCGACCUACCUGGUAAGCUCUGCUGGUCUUUCAAGAUGCGGUACGCUGACUGACGAUCUCAUAGGUCUUGACGAUGUGAACAAGGUCCGCGUCGAUGCCAGCUAUGAUAUGAUGCGCAGUUGCGACUCCAUUUGGAUUGUCACGAAAAUCGCGCGCGCCAUCACUGACACCGCAGUUGACGCCUUGCUCAUGCGUUUUGGCAAGACUUACAAGGUGGCAGUCAUCUGUACUGGAAUUGAUGACGGGGUUGACCCAGCGCUCGCCAAUCAUCUACAUUCCGAGGGGCAGAGUGUUGGAAAUCAUCAGGACCUUCUCGAUCGGGAGAGGAAGUUAAGGAACCUGGUCAAGCGGCUACCGAAGAAGAUUGAGACUCGCUCAGCCAAGCUGGACGGGCGUACCCAAGCUCGCAAGAAGGCAAAGCGUCCUCUCACGGAGAAAGCCAAGCGAAAAUUGUCUGAAGAGAUUGCCGAAUACACAAAGCAGCUUGAAGUGGCUGGAAACGAACUCCCCCAGGUCGCCGCCGAGCGGUUCGAGCUUCUGGUGGAUGCCCGCAAUGCAAAUACCAUCCGGCAGAUGCAGCAACAUAAGGUGGAGCAUCUCAUAGCCGGAACGAAGCUGCAGGUCUUCGCCGUGAGCAAUCUGCAUUACGAAGCUAUCAAGGGAGCGCGCGUUAUCAAUGGACCACGUCUGAGUGUAAAGGACACUGGCAUUCCGGCACUGCGUCAGUACGCUCUGGAGUCUGCAGCUCCGUAUCGACUGCAGGCCAUGGAGGACUUUAUCAGUCACAAGUUCACUAUUUUCCUACAGGGCUUGGGCAUGUGGGCCAAGAGCUUCUCCAUCGAACGCUCCGAGGAGCUGCUUCAAUCGAUACGGGCGCCGGUCAAGAGCGUCCACCCAAUUGUUGAGGAAUACCUGAGCGCCGUCAGUAAAGCCAACGACGAGGUGAUCGUACAGCCUCUUCACCACAAUCAGGAGAGCCUGAUCUCCACCGCGCUAACGGAGCUCGAAAAGAAGAGAGCAUGGAAUUGGCAGACCAUCCGUGCUUUCAUGCGACGCAACGGAAAUUUUAAGACAAGCGUGGUACCUCAACAGAGUUGGAACGAAUCCUAUCAAUCAGGAGCCACCAAGAUGGUACAUAGUCUCUGGGACAGCUUCGUGAAAGAUCAGAGCAAGCUGUCCGACGAGAUGAAGUGCAAGCUGCUCGGCCUCGUCCUUAGCAUAUCGGAGACCCUGGACAACCAUCCAGCGAAACUGAUCCUUCCUAUGGAUCGCAUCCAAGAGAUUCUCGACGCUCAGUCUGGAGGCAUUAAGCAAGCCUGCCGAGAUUAUGGAAGGAAUCAGGCUAAAGAGCUGCGGUAAGCAUUUGACGACCAAAACUUCUGCCGUUCCAGCUAACAUAUUGCAGGAACAUCAAGCUCGACUUGACUCAGGAUCGCCACACUGGUUAUUUCACGCAGGCUAUGGAAGAAGCCUAUGAGACGUGCAAGCAAGACACUGGUAUGGUCCCUCUUGCCUCUAAUGGUAUGAAAGUGAUCGCUAACACUCGGUUUUCUUUCCAUAGGCACCGGCGUCAAGUCCCGUUCCAUGGCAACCUUCGAGACCCAUCUCAAUCUGAGCGGCACUCGCUCGCCGUUCCACGUCAUGACCAACAAACUCAACGCCGCGAUUGUGAAAGACACGAAAGCCAAGACCAAGGUUCUCGCUCGUAGAGUCGAAGACAUUCUCGAGCAAAUCUCGGAUCAAUUCCCUGAUCUUGUCGAUGAGAAGAUCGAAGACAAGGCAGAAGAGGAUCUUCGCAAGGUGUUUCGUGCGUUCCUGGAGAUGGCGGAGCCUAGAUUUGAGGAUAUCAAGGCUGAUCUCGCGCGGAUCAAGCGUCGGCAGCGUCGACAUGGAUAA